AUGCACAACUAUCCAACGUUCCUCAACCUGCUCACCACAUUCAUCUACAUCCCCAUCAGUUUCGCAUACAUCCUGCCAAUGAUCAAGUACGGUAGUGCCAUCACGUGGGACCAGCGCAGCAUCCCAAAACGCAAGUUCGCUGUCAUGGGAGGACUUGACUCGGUCGCCGGCAUCCUGCAAGUUUUUGCAGCCACCUACCUAGGCGGAUCACUCAUAAUUUUGCUUGGACAAGCUGCGAUUCCUAUCUCGAUGCUUAUUUCCAGUCUGCUGCUCAAGGCCAAGUAUUCAAAGUAUCAAUAUGUAGGUGCAGUGGUUGUGACCCUGGGUCUGUUGAUCGUGUUGGGUUAUGGUGGCUCGAGUGGCAGCACGGGCACAGAUCCACACCUCAUGGUGCUAUGGUCUGUUGUCAUGAUCUUCAGCUGCGUCCCCAUGUGCUUGUCCAGCGUUUACAAAGAGAAGGCGCUUGGGGAGGCGGAGUUAGAUGCGGUUUUCCUGAAUGGCUGGAUUGCUGUGUUCCAGUUCUUGUUCUCAAUUCCGCUGACAUUUCCCGCUGCGAUGGUCGGAGAUCACCCAGUCACCCCUCGCGAACUUCCGGAAAACCUGCACGACGGUCUGAUGUGCUACUUGGGACAGAAUACCAUCACUGAGGGUGCGCACAAAGAUGACUGCGAGAAGGCGACCGUCUACGUGACGGCCUAUCUGCUGUUUAACGUGGCCUAUAAUCUGUUGAUUAUCCUGAUCCUCAAGUUUGGCAGCGCCAACAUCCUCUGGCUAGCCAUGACCAUUAUGGUUCCACUCGGCAACGUCGCGUUCACGUUUCCGUUCAUGCCGGAGCACCAGCCGCUGCACGCAAAGGACAUCGCAGGUUUGCUGUUCAUCAUGAUGGGGCUGUUCGUUUACCGCUUCCUGGAGGAAUUGAUGGAGUCCUGGAACAAUCGUAAGCCUAUUUACCCCGGCGAAAAGAGCCCAGCAACAGAUGAACUGAAGCGUGCGCUCAUCAGCAGCGACAGUGACAACAGCGACGAUUUGGACAGAGCGGUGUAA